UUUGCAUUUGAAUAUUCCUUUGUAUUUUGCCCUGUAAAAUUAUUAAGCGAAUAUAGCUUGCAUACAAAAAGAAUCAUGGCUGCAGUAAAGUAGUUUAUUUUAAAUAUUAACAACGGAAGGUGAAUACAGUUUUGGUGCGCGCCUAGAAAUCGAUAAACAGAUUAUCUGCAGAUAUUUAGCGCUUUUUCUGACUAUUCGGAUAGAUUUAUCUUCUUGAUCUUACUUGUUGGCUUAAAGACCGAGUUUACUACACAGUACUUAUGUGAUAACUUUAAAUGGCACCUUCAUUACUCACGAAUUUAGUGGACUGACUGUGAAUGUUCAAAUAUUUUGUGAAGUUUUGAUGUUAGAGUAUACAAACAGUAAACACAGACACAGAUUACCUAUCAAUGUGUAUGAUAUCUCCAGCCACUUUUGGGAUUUAAUUUUUCAAACGAAAUUCUGCUUAAAAUAAGCUUAGUAUGGAACACUUGAUUGACGAAAGCUAUUACCAGCAGGCCCUUUCAAACACAGGGGAAACGUAUAGCGAACCUGAUAUAGUAUUCAUGUUCAGAAUCUGCUUCGCGGCAUGCGGAAUUAUCUUCAACCUACUGUUGUUGUUUUUGUUCCUAAGACGUCGCAUGUCCGGCGUUCAACAAAAAUCUGUGUAUUGUUUUCUGGAGAGUUUAAUCUUUGCAAAUCUCGUGUCAUCGGUAGGAAUAAUUCCAUACCCAAAAUUAAGUGACAUUCCUGAUGAUGGCAUGGGUUCACUCUACUGCCUCUUUGUUUUCUACCCAAUGUUAUUUUGGAUUGGUAAUAUCGCUGGUGUAUUUUCUUUAACAUGCAUCACUUUGGAUCGUUAUGUAUACGUUGUUCAUCCAAAGCGUCAUCUGCGCUACUUUACUAAGAGCAACCGUCUGAGCAGAUUUGUCAUCCUGUGUAUCUGGAUUGUGGCUAUAUUGAUGAACCUUGCCGCAGUGAUAGUUGUGUCAGCUGAUGACGACAAUUGUACCGUUGAAUGGGUUACCACGAACAACUUCAAAGUCUUCAGUGCUUUCAUAUUCUUGACAUUGUACGUCAUCCCUACAAUCUUCCACGCGGUUUGCUACUACAGAAUCAGAAACAAGACCAAGAAAAGUGACGCCUAUGCUCUUGAUACAAUCCUCUCUGGCAACUACCCAGAACUAACGAUGCUAUCCAGGUCCAGUGACAUUACCAGUUUCUUCAUUUUGUCUUUGCUCUUUGUUCUCUGCUGGGGUCAAGAUCAGUUGUUCUUUUUGCUGCUGAAUCUCAACGUCAUCUCGACGUCAUUAGUUCUGUCCAGUUAUCGUCACGUGACUACUAUCUUUGCCUAUAGUUUGGCGGCUAUCAAUCCAAUAGUGAUAUUGCUAAGCAAUCGUCAAAUGAAGCGCGCAGCGUUAGAGAGUGGUAAUGGUUUGAUGUAAUGCAAUGUAACGUAAUGUGUAAUAUAAUAUCAUGCAGACUCCAUAAAGACUAAGAGAAGCCAUGAUUCAAUAUUUCGUUCCUUAUUCGAACAUCAUCAGGAAUGAAGAUAAUUUUGUCCAUAGAGACCACAUACCAGAAUUAACUUAACUAACCAAUCAAAAGCGAGAAACUGGUAAAAUUGACCAUCAAAGCAAACAAGGUGUGACGUAUUAUUGACGAAUUAACAGCAUACCUUAAAAAAUCAAUCUUGAUAAAGUGUGAACAUACUGUUAAGCGCCUAAUAGCCAGGGCUUCUUUAAAUAAUAAUGCAUACCAAUGUCUGGAAAAGUCAAUAACGUCAGUGUUAUUGGAUAUUAAAGAAUGAUAAUUAGAACCCUUAGCAUCACCAUAACCACUGUUAAUAGGUAAAUUAUGCAUGGUUAGGUUAUGUUGAAAACCAUCACAUGAGUAACGUAAUGUAUGUAAUGUAAUUUAAUGUAAUAUUAAUGUAACAUUAUACUUACGUGUAACGCUACUUAGAUAUUUAAUUACCCAUGUAGGACAGAAGAACAAUAAACUUUGCAUUCGGUCUCAUUUUCAAAAAUAUAACAGCGAUAUAAUAACCAUUUAGGGCAUAUUCGGCGGCAAAAUUUGUAAACAAUAAAGACAAUAGAAUAUCGUAUGUACCCAAUAAUGGAGGGCCGAACAAAGGCUCCCCUCUCUCCCCAAAAAAAUUAAGGCAUUGUAUUGGCUACUUUAAAUAAACUGUAUCUAGCAAACUUUAUUCAAAAUUUGAAUACAAGGCCCACAUGGCCCAACAUGUAACACACAAAAGACGUUCUUAAUGAUCACUGACUUUUGUACAAGGAUGAAGUCCAUUGAGAACUUCUCAAUUUCCCCUAAUCACAACUCUUCAUGACGCUGUGCGUUACCGAGGAUCUCAUAAGCUUGGUUCACGUCGAACUUUUAUCUAGAUAUACAUCCACUUAACUAGUUAAAAGUUCGACGUGAACCACUCAAUUAUAGCUAGUUAAAGGA